AGUCGUUAACUGCCGCUCCGGCCAACUAGCCAUGGCCUUGUCAGGAGCGGCACGAAGCGACAUUCGGGUCCCUCUAGUUAGCGGCCACGGCAAGGCACCGAUUCCCACACUUGGGAGCACAUGCGGAGCUUGCUUGGAUUCGUGCCGUGCCUGCUGGGGCAUUGCCGUUGCUGUUCGGUUGAGCUCUGGUAUGUCGAAGGCGUCUGAGCGUUGCUGCAGAUCACUCACUCGCCAGCGAGCAGCGGUUCGUGGAGAAGAAGAGAGGAAGAAAUGAUCCACAAUGUCCAAACGAAAUGGUAAUCCUGCCCUGCUGCUCCCUGCCAAAUACUUAUUGACGGCGAUCCGCCAUGGGCAUGCCGGCCCAUGUUCUCAUCAGCGUCGGAUUCGCAUUUUUUUGUUGUUGUUUUUUUUGUUGUUCCUCCUGUCAUCUGGCCUCCAGCAUCCAGCCUCCUCGGCGCAAUUCCAUCAUCGGUACCUGCAUGCAGCCCAUCAAGGUAGGCUAACAACUUGGUCGCAGGUUCUAUAUACUGGCUUGAUAGUUGCAGCCAUCGAUGCUAUCAAGUAUGGGUUCGGUCUCAACAUUUGGGAUGUUCCCCUCGAGACCGAAGUCUCGAUGCAAAAGUGUAGCUUCACCUCUCCGGUCUUGUACCCGUCGUCCUCGGCUUUAUUACGCUGUCAAUCAUCAGGUUCCUCCUGCGUGUCCUCACAAAGGACCAUGUCUGGCGGAAAUCGCUGUACGGCCUCGCCGCGUGGGCUGUGUGCUCGGAGAGCGCAUUUACCGUCGCCCUAUUUCUCCAGUGCCGGCCCCUCAACUUCUACUGACAAGACGAUCGAGGGCAGGUGCUUCGACCAGCCCAAGUUCUCUACGCCGACGCUGCCCUGAACAUGGCAACCGACAUCUUCAUGCUGUCGCUGCCCUGGUUCAUCCUCCGCAGUCUGAAUCUCUCCAAGAGACCCAAGAUUGAGCUUCUGCUCGUGUGCUCUGUCGGAGUCUUCACUCUCGUUUCCAGCAUCGUCACCUUGCCGGUCCCAGCGAAGAGACAGUGAAUUGCAAACUGACUUUAGGGUCCUACCAAUAGUUCACAAUUAUAUUUAUAUUUAAUUCGUCUCUACUUCCAGCACUUCGAAUGUCGCCC